AUGGUAAACUCUAAGGUAAGUGGUUGGAUAUUACCAAGGGGUGGAUACAAGGAGGGUGUAGACACUUCCUGGGAAGACUGCGCACACCGCGAGGCCAUGGAGGAAGGCGGGUUUAAACUUGGUCCUCUCACUGAGCUCGGCAAAAUGGAGGGAGUCAAUUGGUUUAGUGGUCUAGUGAAGAAAAAACUCGAUCCUACAGACCCAGAAUGGAAACAAACCCGCAGUGGCGCAGAGAAACGCAGUGUAGAGGCAGCAAAGGGGAUUUUAGGUGAUGGAUCGGCUAAGAAAUUGGGAAUGUCGAAAGCCCUUGAGGAAGCCCUUGAGAAAGAAUUGAAGGUGCAGUAG